UAAACCAAAAGGGAUAAAGCCUCUCUGUGACCAGCCUCUCUGAGUUAAACAGAAGAAUAACCUAGAAGGAGAAGAAGGGGAAAGAGGACGGAUAACUUGUGGAGAUCCAUCACUUGUUACAAAGAGGAAAAAGCGCUAAAUCCUCCAGUUGACCAAAAACCCCACUUCUAAUCCUGGAAGCAGCAUGGAUAUGCAGUUUGUCUACGACCUUUUAGGGGAAAAUGCUUGGUCAUACAUUAGUACUACCUUUGUCGUGUUGUGGAUUAUCGUGUGGCUGUACAGAGACAGCCUGCAGAUUGAGGACAUCUCUAACAAGUAUGUCUUUGUGACCGGCUGCGACUCGGGCUUUGGAAACCUGCUAUGUAAGAAGCUCGACCGUAGGGGUUUCCGCGUGCUGGCUGGCUGUCUAACAGAAAAGGGAGCUGAUGACCUGAAAAGAGUGGCGGGGCCUUAUUUAAAGACUGUCCUGCUGGAUGUGACCAAUCAGGACAGCAUCCAGAAAGCCAUGGAGUGGACCAAGACUGAGGUUGCCGAUAAGGGACUUUGGGGUAUUGUGAACAAUGCUGGAUGCUCAUUACCCAUGGGUCCUUCAGAGUGGAUGAGAGUGGAGGAUUUCCAUAGGACACUGAAAGUCAACAUGAAUGGAGUGAUUGCCAUGACGAUGACCUUCCUGCCCCUCAUCAAAAAGGCUCGCGGCCGUAUUGUGAAUGUGGCAUCAGUGCUGGGCAGGGUAGCUGCAAACGGUGGUGGAUACUGCAUCUCCAAGUUUGCAGUGGAGUCUUUCUCUGACUGCCUCAGGAGAGAUAUCAACUACUUUGGAAUCAAUGUGUGCAUCAUUGAGCCAGGCUUUUUCAAGACCGCAGUGACAAGCCUGGAACCCCUCGAGAAGGAGCUGCAUCGCCUGUGGAACCAGCUCAGCCCUGAAGUACAAGCCAGCUAUGGAGACAAGUACCUUGAUAAAUACAUCAAGGUCCAGCGUUUGAUCAUGAAUGCUAUCUGCGACACCGACCUCACCAAAGUGACCAGCUGCAUGGAGCACGCUCUGACUGCUGCCCACCCACGCACCAGAUACAGCCCCGGCUGGGAUGCCAAGCUUCUCUGGAUCCCCCUCUCUUAUAUGCCUUCCUGUGUAGUUGACAUUGGGCUGAAGCUGGUGCUGCCUCGUCCUUCAAAGAGCGUGUAACUCAUAAUGACUUAAAAAAUGUCUUUUAAAGUCCUCAGCCAUUUUGUUUAAUUUUGAUGCAGUGCAGAGGUUGACUUAAAUAAACUAUCUUUUGCCUUUCAAAACACCCAUAUUCCAUAUCUACAUUGGCCAUGCAAUGAUCUGAUGUUGCUGUUAUUAUACUUAUAUGUGCAUAAUCUGCCAUGUAAAAGUAUUUAGGCAAUAUGAAAGAAAAUAAUGAAACUGUAUUGUAUAAUGUACUGUUUAUUUUUUGUUUUGUUGUUAACAUUGCCCUGUGCCUUUUAACACUGUUAUUUAUGUUGCUUGAUAUGGAUGAUGUUAACUAUCAGAGGCUAAAUAAACAGGGUUUUCCUAUGAAGAAACUCUUAGAAUGCAAUGCAGCAUAUCAUGGACACAAAUCAAAUAAAUAGCUAAAAGCUUUACCAUGGAAAAAUUACACACACACAACUAUGUGCAGACCCAUCAUGAUGGUUUCUGAAUUGUUUUGUUUGAUGUGAACAACGAUGCAUACAUGAAAACCUUUACAUGUUGGUGAUUUUGGUGAGUUUUGAGUUUUAGUUGAAGUGUUGCUCCAUUAUGGGGCGAGACCGCUCAGUUACGUUGUAACCUUGGUUCUCUGACCAGUACAUAUGGAAUAUGUAACAGUGGAGAGAUAGUCUCGAUACGAUAGAGAAACACUCUAUGACCCUGGGGCUUGGGAAAAGUGGGGAAUGAACAUUGUAGAUUUUACAUUCUGUGUGUGAGUUUGUCAGAUGAGGAUCUGCUGUCUGUUAACUGAGAGGUAACAUGAGAGGGCCAUAGUCCUAAGGGAUGGCUAAGGGUUUAACAUCAAAAGGCUUUUGUCUUGUAGAAAGGUACAUUAACAUGACCUAUGGUCUCAGGAAGGGCUCAAUGUCCUUAAUGCCUGAUUGAAUCAGCUUUAAAUGAGAUUAGCAAUUGUUUCUUUGUUGUACUUGCUGGCCUUUAAGGCAAGACACUCUGAAAGUCAGGACAUAACAUCUGUCCAGAUCUUCUCUCCAUGACUCAUGAAGCAAAGAACCCUGAUUCAUCACACCAUCGACCCUGCAAUCUCUUCUGAAGAAAUUCUUCUACAGAAACCUUUUGAUAAAUUCAAAAUCUGAAAUUGGUUGAUAAUCAGGAGAAUUUUAAUUCAGCAGCAACAUUGUGGUUUAGUAGUGGCAUGCCGCAUGACAUUAUUGAUGUUAGACAUUUAAUUGUUAUUUUCGUACAGAGACUCACGCUGAAAGUCAGAAACACUAGAACAAACAAAGCUCCAACAGCAUUCGGAUUCGGUCCCUCUGCUUAUAAUUAGCAUCAGUUUAUGUUCUGCAACAUUGACUUUUUAUCGGGUGGUUCUGAAAAUUCACAUAAGCUUGUGUAAAACCAAACAAGAAAUGAUUUUAUUGUCACUAUUAUGCGUUAUUCUCUAAAUAGUAUACUAUUUCAUUUGCCUAGAAAUCUAGACGCACCCUAGUGGCAGGGUCUGGCUUGUCAGGCUACUAUUUCAGUGUUUGUCUAUGAAAACCCAAGUGAAAAAGUGUGUGCUGUGUAUAAAUAUCACAUAGUUGAAAAAUCUCUCAAGUGCUGAAGGUGUUGGUUCACUGAACAUCUGAUGUGGUGGGCACAUUUAAACACAGGAUCCAGUGUCGUUCCAAGGUUUUAUUGUUGUCAGUGCAGGGAAAAGGUUUACACUGGUUGCAGGUGAAUAAUGGAUGGUGGAUGGAUGGAUAUAUGGAUGUAUGGAUGAUUUUGUAUCAGUAAUGCAUCCACAGUCUGCAUUGCAUCUACAGUCUGUACUUGGGUACAACAAUAAUAUUCAUCUCAAACUCAUAUUGUAUACACAUUUAAGUCACCUGAGUAAUAUCUAAAUUGUUCUGGUUAAAACACUAUUUUUGUAGUUUUAAUAUAUUUAGUAUUUUAUGUGUGUAAGAUGUUGAAAAUAACCUGUUUCACAUACUUUUAAGUCCACUCACAUUUAAUAAUUGUUGCUGCACACAGUUAAUUUAAGCCAUCAGUUCAGUUAGUUAUCAGUUACCAUUGACAGAAUGUACUGAACAGGUUCAGCAGGUGGUGAUCAUUAUAAUAAACUGAGAAGCUUGUUGACUGACCAAGUGGUGUUACA